CCUCCAGUGAUCACGAGGCUGCUGCACUCACGCGCGUGUCGAAGCGCUAUCAUGUUUGGCGAUCAUUUGACCACUGGACAAUGCAAAGAGUUGAUCGAGGAGCUGAAGACUUGCCAGCUGCCCUUCCAGUGUGCUCACGGUCGACCUUCAGUCGUUCCGCUUGCCGAGAUC